GUCUCUUUAUCCCUCUGCUCGUCCAUAAAUCGCAUCAAAUGACAGUCGGUCAGUGAAGAGUUAAAGGGAGGAGACGCAGAGUGACACGCCUCAUUGGGUAGAUUAUGUGCCGCAAACAAAAAGUGUGUGUCGGUGUGCCAGUCAGCCAGAGCAGCGGGCCCCAUCUGCACGCCUCCCUCUCUCUCUCUCUCUCCCUCUCUCUCUCUCUCUUUUCUCUCUCUCUCUCCCUUUAUCCGUGCUGCUCUCUCUACCCCGCCCGCUCACUUCUUCUUCUUCUUCUCUAGUGUCGGCGCGUCUCUGCAGCAGCAGCAGCAGCAGCAGCAGCACUGUCACUUUCAGCUCACCGGGGGGGAAAUGUACUGACACUAUACGGAGCAUACCGGGAGCGCACCUCCUCAUCAUCACCUCCUUCAUCCUGCAAGCAACACAGACUCACAGCGAGAAAGCAAGCAAAGACAGCAUCCCCCUUUCUUUUUGCUUCUUUUCGGGGCUUUUUCUCUUUUAUUUUCUAUCCCCGGAGCUGCAGGCUUGAGGCACUGACUGAGGGGCUUUUGAUUUGCAGCUUCCGCUCGCAAAUUGUGGAUUAUUGUUCCUCCUCAUCGACGGGAAAGGAAAAGAGUGAAAUGGAGGAGUCCAGCUCGCAGAAGUUGGUGUGGGACGGGGACGCCAAAGCGGUCCAGCAGUGUCUCACGGACAUUUUCACGAGUGUCUACACGACUUGUGACAUCCCAGAAAACGCCAUCUUCGGGCCCUGCGUGCUGAGCCACACGUCCCUGUACGACAGCAUCGCCUUCAUCGCGCUCAAAUCCACCGACAAACGCACAGCACCUUACAUCUUCAGGGUGGACACGUCGGCGGCCAACAGCACCUCGGAGGGCCUGAUGUGGCUCCGGCUGGUCCAGUCGGCCCGGGACAAAGAGGAGCAGAACCUGGAGGCCUACGUGAAGAACGGCCAGCUCCUGUACCGCUCGCUGCGCCGCAUCGAGAAGGACGAGGAGCUGCUGGUCUGGUACGGAAAAGACCUGAUCGACCUGCUGCUGCUGAGCGCCAGCAGAGCGCCCGCCAAGACCAAAGGUUCGUCCCACCACUCCUGUCCAGACUGCAACCAGCGGUUCCAGUUUGAGUUCCCGUUCUUGGCCCACCUCCGGUUCCGUUGCACCAAAAGAUUGCAGAGCAUCACGGGCGCCGACGAGGAGUCGAGCAAGGAAGGCGGCGCCGAGCGACCAAACACGACCCCAACCAGGAGCAGCCCCAAGCUGGGCCGCUCCGAGGGCUUCAGCGGGCCCCAGGACGCCAACAAACCCUCCACGGACUUUCACAACCUGGCCCGGGAUCUAGAGAACAACCGGACCAGCCCGCCCAGCGACAAGGAGGCCGAGAUCUGCAGCGAGAGCUCGGGGAAGAGGAAGUUCUCGGAGAUGGAGGAGCGGGAGUGCCGAGGGCCGAGCCUUCCUCAGUCCAAGUCCAAAGACGAGCUUGCCACGUCGGCGCAGAACUACAGAGGGGCUUACGGCCUGGAGGAGAACCACAAGUCCUUCUCCCCGCCGGCGUCCACGGAACUGAGUCAAGGCAAGCGGAGCGCCUUCACCGAGGUCAAGAAGUCGGCGCAGAACCUGAAGCACCAUGGCCUCGGCAAGAACCUGCAGAGCGCCAACGCCGAGAACAAAGACGGCGGUCGUCCCAGCAGCAACCCGUCGGAGAAGCACCUCAACAUCCGGCAGGUGCUGUCGGAGACCCAGCCGCCGCAGACCUCGCCCAUGGGCAGCGCCUUCACGUCCGUCACCCAGCAAGGCGGCGGCGGCAGCGGCGGCGAGCGGAAGAGCGCCUUCAGCCAGCCGUCCCGCUCCUUCUCCCAGAUCUCGCCGCUGGUGAUGCCGACCAAGCUGCUGGACUGCCACCCGGCGGUGGGCGACACCAUCUCGUCCAACAGACUCUACCAGGCCGACCACCUCGCCGCCAAACUGCAGGGCGCCGAAUUGGGCGCCAACUGCCCCGUGCCGGGCGGCAUGGCCAAGCAGAACCCCUUCGUCUACGCCACCACCUUCUGGCCCAAGAACUCGGGCGCCAUCCAGCUCCAGAUGCCCUCGGCGCUCACCCUCCUGCCGCCCUCCUUCACCUCGCUCUGCCUGCCGGCGCAGAACUGGUGCGCCAAGUGCAACGCCUCCUUCCGCAUGACCUCGGACUUGGUUUACCACAUGCGGUCCCACCACAAAAAGGAGUACUCCAUGGAGCCUCUGGUGAAACGGCGGCGCGAGGAGAAACUCAAGUGCCCCAUUUGUAACGAGUCCUUCCGGGAGCGGCAUCACCUGUCACGCCACAUGACCUCCCAUAACUGACUCGUAAAAGACUCGUAAAUAAAUAAAAGGAGGGACUUUUUUUCUAACACGGAGGGGACUGCAACCCCGCCUGGAUUUUAAGCAGUCCGUCACUUAAAAAUACAAACACACCCUUGCACUUGUUUUCACUUUUGGGACUAUGAUCUUCUGAUUCCUGUUCAGUCUGUUUACUUUUCCUCCCCUGUACAAAAUGUCAUGUUUUGGGUGUAUGCAAAUGCGUUUUGACUUCAAAAAUGGAUCUAUUUAUGAAGCACUUAAAAAGUUUGAGAAUAAGGGAAGAUUUAAAUAUGUGUAAAUGUACAGUAAGUUGUAUUUUAUAUCAUAUAAAUACAAAUAUAGAGAAGAAAUACAAAUGUAGUCACACGUCAUGGUUUACAACGCAAACGCAAGUUUUUUCAUGUCUAACGGUGAAUAUGGACACAAAUUGGGAUAUUAUGUCUAAGACUAUAUUUCAGAGUGCAUGUAAUAUUAAAAUGAUAUUGAUUUAAGAUGCAGUCUAUACAUUACGGUGUAAAUAAUUUGUUUUAUUUGAAAUACAAAGUGUAAUAUUUUGUGUCAGUGGGGAAUAGUUUCAGUGUUUCUUCCUUUUGCGGAAAUUUACUACUUGAUAGUUUAUCUAAUCAUCACGUUGAAUGCAUUGACAAUAAAAUAGC